AUGGACCUGCGUGCUGUGCCACACGUCCCUGGAGGGGCCUGGGCACGAAGCGGAUUUCCAGGCUGGGUGCCUGCUGGCCCAUCUCCUGCCCCUGACACGGCCGUCAACAAGCUGCAGCUGGCCCUCACGGGUGCUGCCAGCUCGCUCCUCCUGCCCGUGUGGGCACCAUAUGCGGCUUUUGAUUGGCCGCUCCCGACGUCAGUCUCGGGGGCUUGUGUCUUGCUGGGACACGGUGGAGGGCUAAGCGCAGGUUCCGCGGAGCGGUCGGGUGUGUUCACAGCUCGCCCCCCGCCGCCAGCCCCAACGGUGGAGCCAACCCGUGACCCACCCCCGCGGCGCCCUCCCGCACCGGAUCGCUCAUCGCUGGGGCGGGACCAGGCCCGAAGACUCCACUCCGGUCACUAUGGUCAGUGGUGGGUGUUGGAAGUGGGGGGCAUCCGGAAAGGGGGCGCGGUCAAGCGAGGGCGCAGGUGCUCUCCCGGACCGAGCUCUGGCGUCCACCUCAGCGCGGGAUUAGAACCCCGAGGAAACUAUUCCACCCCACCCCGUCCUUCCUCUGGAGACCCUGGGGGGCUGGAGAUCGCGCCCCGCUGUCCCCCACUGGACACUGUCGCGCUCGACCCAGGUGCUCCCAAGGGUGCCAUCCCUUGGGACAUUCUAAAAUCUUUCAAGAUGGCCAGGUCCCUGGACUGGGAGGAAGAGUUGCAGAGUGAAACAUCAUCCUUCAACCUAAUAUCAGAAAAAUGUGACAUCCUAUCAAUUCUUCGGGAUCACCCUGAGAACAGAAUUUACCAGAGGAAGAUUCAGGAACUCAGCAAAAGAUUCACCGCGAUCCGUAAGACCAAAGGGGAUGGGAACUGCUUCUACCGGGCCUUGGGCUAUUCCUACCUAGAGUCCCUGCUGGGGAAGAGCCGAGAGAUCUCCAAGUUCAAAGAGCAUGUGCUGCAGACCCCAAACGACCUUCUGGCUGCUGGAUUUGAGGAGCACAAGUUCCGGAAUUUCUUUAACGCUUUCUACAGUGUGGUGGAGCUGGUGGAGAAGGACGGCUCCGUGUCCAGUCUGUUGAAAGUGUUCAAUGACCAGAGCUCCUCAGACCACAUUGUGCAAUUCCUGCGACUGCUGACCUCGGCCUUCAUCAAGAACCGUGCAGACUUCUUCCGCCACUUCAUCGAUGAAGAGAUGGACAUCAAGGACUUCUGCACCCAUGAGGUGGAGCCCAUGGCCAUGGAGUGUGACCACAUCCAGAUCACUGCCCUAUCGCAGGCGCUGAACAUCGCCCUGCAGGUUGAGUACGUGGACGAGAUGGACACAGCCCUGAACCAUCACGUGUUUCCUGAGGCGGCCAUCCCCUCCGUUUACCUGCUCUAUAAAACAUCCCACUACAACAUCCUUUAUGCAGCUGAUAAACGUUGAUUGAUUUUAGGCCGCACAUGGAGCCUGUCAGCUAACGGG